AUGGCGUCAGGCUACACGCCGUGGUGGAUGAAGAAGAGCGGCGACGGCGAAGCGAAGAGCUGUCCCACGGUGAACCGCCUUUUGGAUCUCAGCCAGGGCCGCGAGACGCCGCUGCCUCGCUGGACUAAAGCGGAUAUCGAGGCGUUCGCUAAGGAGGAUCCCGUUCACGGCAACCAGGUGCUGCUAUCGCGCCAGGCGUCGCUAAUGGCGGCUGGCGGUGCGGCGGCUGGGGGGCUGGCGCUCGCGGCGUACAACUACCGGUAUUCGCGGAGCGUUGGCGGUGCGUUCCUCACGCUCGUGGUGGGUGCAGUUACCAGCUGGGCGGUUACAGAAGAGGCGGCCAACAUAGCUUGGGUUACGUUCUACUACAGCAUUUUCAUGGACGCCGUCGCCAAGUCAGUCGUUGGCUUGCUGGAGGCGAACGUGCUCAACGACGAGGUGUCCUCGUCAUCCAGCUCUCUCGGCUCCAACCGUACCGCCGAGCGGAAGAGAAGGGCUGCGCUACGCCGGCGGAGAUACCAUCUGCUGUUGGAGGACCUGGAAGGAAUGGGGGAGGAUCAAUUCAGGGACUUGUUUCGCAUAAACCGGGGUAUUCUCGACUACAUAGUCGUCGAGAUGGCGCAUUACAUGCAGCCGUAUGUGGACAGGUACCUCAUCAGUCACGAAGUGGCAUGCUUGGUCCCUAUCAAAUACCUGGCCAGUGGCAUGUCGUUCGUAGACUUGUCCUCCGUGUUCGGGCUGUCCAAGACUCUCUGCCACAUGCUUGUUGACGCGCUCCUCAUGCAUUUCCCGUCCGUCUUCAAGCAGCAGUGGGUCCACUUCCCGACCCGUGACGACCUCGACGAGAUGGCCGAGGAGUUCCGCGCCAUCAAGGGGGUACCUGCGGUAGUGGGGGCUAUAGACGGCACACACAUUCCCAUGAAGGGGAUGGAGGGGCACAGGCAAGAGUACUACACGCGGAAGUCAUGUUACGCCGUCCAGUUGCAGCUCACAUGCGACGCGCGAGGCAUCAUAUGGGACUACUUGAUAGGAUACCCGGGCAGUGCGCACGAUCAGAGAGUGUUCAUGAACAGCGCGUUACACGAAAGGUUGCACAACGGCGACAUAGCGCCAUACCAAAUAGUGGGAGAUGCUGCCUACCCACUCAGGGACUUCUGCCUGACCCCCCUACAUGCACCCCGUGAAGGCCUAAUGGAGGACUGGGAGCAGUGCUUUAACUAUUGCCAAAGCGCAACGCGCAUGGCAGUAGAACGCUGCAUCGGCGCCUUCAAAGGACGGUGGCGUCUAUUCGCGGGCCGCAAUGACUGCAAGCUCUGGCGCAUUCUUGCGGGGGCGUCUUGUGGCGUCAUCCUGCACAACAUGUGCGAAACGAUGGGGCAAGUGAGGCGCGUGAAUGCAUCGUGGGCAAAUUUGCCCCGAAACCGGGACCCAUGGUGGACUCGUGGGGCGGUAGCGGAGUUCAAGUGGGAGCCAUGUGACCCGUGCACGCAAGGGAAUCUGCGGGAAAGGCGCAAGCGGCUGGGCGAGGCUCUGGAGUCGUCUUACCUCACUCGGCGGCGCCGCGAACCCACACCUCCUCACCCGCAUCAGGGUUAG